AUGUUCAACCUUCGGGUCCUCUGUCGAGACCAGCCUCAGCGGACAAUUGCACUUGCGACGUCGAAUCAUGUCCUGAUCUUCCACUAUAAUGCAACCAACACCGGAUCUUCGACCACCCCACGUUGCCAAGUAGAGUUCUUGGAUAUUGCAUCUGCAGACCUUGGAGCUUAUCGCCCUCUAGGUGCCGGUCAUGGUACUUUGGGCUUGGCGACGUUGAAUGAAGAUCUAUUCGUCUGUGUGAUCACUACGUCAUCCCAAGCUGCCACUGUGAGACCUGGAGAAACUGUUUCUCGAAUUGACUCCGUGGAUUUCUAUUGCCUCAACCGUGCAGAAUAUGAAUAUGGUCUAGAGUAUGAAUCCGGUGCUCAAUUUGCCGCAGAGGAACGCAACGGUCAAGAUAGUCGAGAUGUAGUGACCGAACAUCCUUUCCUCGCUCUGAAAAAGCUCCUCGGCGAUGGAAGCUUUUACUACAGUCUGGACUUUAAUCUAACGGAUCGCUUACAAGAUCGUUCGGAUAAAUCUGCAGCAUUCGACAUUGACUCCCUGGAUCAGGACAUGCUUUGGAAUUCUUAUAUGAUAAACCCCCUUCUCCUCUUCCGAAGUCACUUACCACCUGCAGAUAAGGCGAAGCUAGAUGCUUCUCAGCUCCUAACGUGUGUUAUCCGAGGCUAUGCUGGUACCUUGAAAGUUCCUGCCACUGUUUCGAUAUUGCCGCAGGUCCGGACAAACUUUCCCUCCCUCUUGACGAUCAUUUCGCGCCAAUCGUCCCGGCGUGCUGGCACGAGAUUCAAUUCAAGGGGAAUCGACGACGACGGCAACGUUGCCAAUUUCGUUGAAACUGAAGUUGUUCUCUGGGUCUCUCCGAGUAUUGCCUUCUCAUACGUCCAAGUUCGAGGCUCUAUACCAAUAUUCUGGGAACAAACACCUGGAUUGAUACCAGGCCAACAAAAGAUCGAAAUUACCCGAUCAAGCGAGGCAACACAGCAUGCAUUCAAUCAACACUUUGAAACCCUUGAACUCGAGUAUGGAGCUGUGCAUGUCGUUAAUUUACUAAGCGAACUGAGAUCUGGCGAAGCGGAGCUAUCAAAAAAGUACCGACAACAUAUCGCCCGCAGCUCUUUGCGAGAAAAGGAGGAUACCGACAAAGCUGCGCAUCAUAGUCUUCUGCGGCUGACAGAAUAUGAUUUCCUUGCAGAAACUCGUGGUCCGGCUGGAUACGAAGCUAGUAAUCAAAUAAAGCAUGAGCUAGAGGGUUCCCUUGACGGGUUUGCAUAUUUUCUGUCUGAGGACACUACUCGAUCUGCUACAUCACUAUAUGAAAAAGAAGACACAGUCAAUAUCUCCUCGGUUAUCCUGCAACAAGAAGGGGUAUUUCGAACUAAUUGUUUAGACUGCCUUGACCGAACAAAUCUCGUACAAACCAUCAUCAGCUCAAUGGCAUUGGGGUCAUUUCUGUCACAACAGGGCGGGCGAUUUGGUUCAGAUAUGCAAAUGCGCCAUUCCACUCUGUGGGCUGAUAAUGGUGAUGCACUCUCGAAGAUCUACGCGGGUACCGGUGCUCUGAAGUCUUCUUUCACCCGGACUGGCAAAAUGUCGCUCGCUGGGGCUCUUGCCGACGCCCGAAAAAGCGCCACGCGGCUCUAUGUUAAUAACUUCACCGACAAAUCUCGGCAGAGGACGAUCGAUCUACUUCUAGGUCGAUUGGCUAAUCAAACCCCAGUUCAUCUGUAUGACCCAAUGAAUGAUCUGGUCACGGAGGAACUCAACCGUCGUGCCUCAGAAUAUUCCUCCACCAAACACGUUCGACUUUGGGUUGGUACGUUCAAUGUGAAUGGUCGUGAUGAAGGCCCUGGGACGGAUCUAACACCCUGGCUCUUUCCUGAGGCAGACCAAUCAAAUGAAGAUCCGGCAAUUUUUGCCGUUGCGUUUCAGGAGAUUGUUGAUCUGAGUCCUCAACAAAUCAUGUCAACCGACCCAGGAACUCGUAAAGUUUGGGAAAGAGCUGUGCAAGAUUGUUUGAACAGACAUACUAAGGCUAGAGGCACUGGCAAGUAUGUGCUCCUGAGAACUGGACAGCUUGUGGGUGCUGCCUUGAUGAUUUAUGUAAAAUCAGAGGUAUUGAAGGAUAUCAAAAAUGUCGAAGGAGCUGUUAAAAAGACAGGACUUUCAGGAAUUGCUGGCAAUAAAGGUGGCUGCGCCAUCCGAUUUGAUUUCUCCAAUACCAGUAUUUGCUUGGUAACUGCACAUCUAGCAGCGGGGUUUGCCAACUACGACGAGCGAAAUAGGGACUACGAAACAAUCGAUCGAGGUUUGCGAUUCCAAAAAAAUCGAACAAUUGCAGAUCACGACGCGGUGAUUUGGCUUGGAGACUUCAAUUACCGCAUUGGGUUAGGAAAUCAGAUUGUGAGGGAUCUUCUCUCGCAGCGUGAUUAUCAAAAACUCUAUGAAAAUGAUCAGUUGAAUCUUCAAAUGACCGCUGGGAGAGCUUUCCAGUUCUACUCAGAGGGACCCAUUAGGUUUCCCCCGACUUACAAAUAUGAUAUUGGGACAGAAAACUAUGACACUUCGGAGAAAGCCCGCAUCCCUGCGUGGUGUGAUCGAGUAUUAUGGAGAGGAGGAAACCUACGUCAAACGCACUACCAAGUAGCAAAUCUCUUGGUGUCUGAUCACCGUCCGGUGUGGGCAACUUUCGAUGGCGUUAUUGAGGUGAUUGAUCAGGGGGUCAAAGACGAUCUGCGCCGGAUGCUUUAUGGAGAGAAACAGCGUGAUUCUCUUUCUGAUUCUGUCAACCUUUUGGACUUCGAUGAUGAUGAUGACAGCACACCGCAGGGGUCAAUCGCACCCGGGUUACCGCCUGCUAGCUCUGAUAGGAGUAGAUGGUGGUUAGAUAAUGGUGCUCCUGGCAAGACAACAAUUCGGCCGCCCCAAGACGGACUUGUCGCCAACAUUCACCGCAAGUCCAACCCGUUUUCGGCAGAUCUGGAGCCUGAAUGGGUGCCAGAUUCAAACUUGACGAGAAAAAACACCAUCGACAGAAAGCCAGCCCCGCCUCCUCCACGACGGGGUAGGACUCUGGAUGAGAAAGAAUCUCCGUCAUCUCUGGGUAGGAAAUCCCUGGAGAAGGGGCCUCCGGCAGUCCCUCGAAAGCCUAUCUCGCUCAGCUCUCAAACAGCAUCGCACGGUGACGGCUAUGGUCAUCAAGCCCAUGGCCGAGCCUUGCAAAUCAGCCCAGUCUCCCAACACGUACCGGGUGCUUUCCCGGGGGAUGAUGGUGGAGCUGGCGCCCCCGAUCUCCUUGGGGAUUCCACAGAUGAGCACAUUGGAUGGAAACCACUUCUCCCACAAUAG